UUAAUGAGUUUUAUUCCUUUUAUUAUCUAUCACUUUUGGUAUGAUAAAUUUAUUUCAAUCCACAAUAUGCUUCUAUUAAUUCAUCACCCCUUAUCUCACAUGGAAUGAAGCAUAUUCACAUUUCUUGUUCCACAAGUACCUUCACAAGUACCUUCCUUGAUCUCUACUCAAGGAACUUCAAAGUAAGACCUUGACAACUUCAUCAUCUUCUUAUAUAUACCACUUCUUGAUUUAUCUCUAAGAACCAAACAUAAGCCAAAACCUAGUAGAAAAAAAUGGGAGACCAAGGAGUACAACAAAUGCAGCAGCCUGUUGUUGUGUAUCCAACCGCAUACACUAAACAGUAUCCAUCUCAAUCUUCUUCUUCAUCUUCCUCUGGCUCUCGCGGUUCUUUUGGUACGGUCUUCAUAGUCCUAGCCGUAAUCCUUGUCUUAUCCGUUCUGGCUUGUGUCUUCGGGAGGCUAUGCAACCGUGAGAGCCGUGCGGCUAAGCAGCAGCAUAGCAAGCAACCAAAGCAUGAGAAAGGGUCGUCUAAGAAGAGCCGUGAGAUUCGGCCUGUGGACCGUGAGCCGAGGGAGAGAGGUGACUUGGAGUUUGGGUUGGAUAUGAAACGGCCUAAGCCUAUUGAGAAACCCUCUGGAAGAGAUCAGGGUGAGGAUAUAGAAUUUGGAUUUGAUAACAAGCAACAAGAAAGAGGCGGACCUCCUCCUCCAGUUAUUAAACAUGGAGUGAGGUUCAAGUUACCGGAAAAUGGAGACCAUCAUGCUAAAGGUGAAGUCAGACGUGGAGGUCCUGAAUUUGAGUUCCGACCAAGACACUAAUGAACUUGUUUUGUCCAAAAACAAACCACUUUAUUUAUGCUUAUCAUGUCUUAACUGCUUCUUUUGUGCAUGUGUGUGUUUUUUUUUUCUCCUUUCCUGGCUUGAUUUUAUGGGUAUGGAACUUAUUUAUUUUUAGAGCUGAAGCUAUCAAACUUCUUUAGUCUCUUAGUGUUACAUAUACAUCAUUUUCUAUGUAAAUUCUGUAAUAAUCUUGGCAAAAUUAAAGAAUCAAAAGAGUUCUUCACUA